CUCUCACAAGAUGAAGCAUUACAUUCUCUUAGAAAGAUGUGAAGUGGAGGAAGUAAGAGACGGCAGGUUGAGCUCGGAGCUUGCGAAUCGAUCUCCCACUAUCCACGCAUCUCCACGAAGAAUAACAACGUCGUCGUACGAGGAACGUGAAGUAUCAGGAGACGCUUCAUCUGUUUCAUGUGUGUUCAGCAGUUCUGAAGAGAGGUUAAAGUGCCUUUACAAGGACAAUGUCUGGAGGUACCGGUGAUAAGAAAAAUAAAGCCUCGGAGACUCUCAACGAAAAAAUGCAGAAAUCUCUAUCCUUGAAAGAGAUACUGCGGAAGGAUGGAAGCAUAUCGAUUUCAGCUGGGAAAUCAAUUGAAGACAACCUGGAGACCGAAGAAACAACAGCUCCUGAAGAACCACCAACUGAAGAAGAGGACAAGGCAGACGACCAAAAGAUGAAGAAGGCUCUAUCGAAGUCGAAGCGAGGCAGCAAUUCAGUGAUUGAUCCUGAUUCCUACUCCACCAAUCAUUGCAAUUUUGUAGCUGUCAAAGAAAAACACGUCAGACGGCAAAAGAUGAGAUGCUAUCGUGAUUGUCAACCUGGGAGUCAGUUUUGCAUCUACCACUCCAACACGAAAUAGCCUACACUGAAUGGUACAUGAGGAGCCAGCCGGAUCAUUAGGUCCAUGCUUUGACAUUGUUGAGUUUGAAUCGUUUUCAGCUACUAUAUGAGUGCUUUUUCCUCCAAAUUUCCACCUGAUAUACAUCUAGCUCAUUACUUGCUAUAUAUUGAUGUUGAUGGUUUUGUUUCGUCUAGUAACAAAGUUAUAAAUGGUCAGAGCUGGAAGAAUCUGCUGUAGAUUGUAUGAUUCAGAUGACUAAAGCGUAUUCAUAUAAUGCCCUUCUGCAUCUGAUCCAUACAUAUUCAUUCGCACCAACUGGAGUUUGGGAUAUGGGUCGUAUCUCGAAUAGCAUUUGACGUAUUUCAGCAACAUUACUCUCAACUGAAUGUAUGAGAGAAGGUCCGAUUACAAGAAAUAUAGACAUCUUAUCACCUACAC